AUGCCGCCGAAACGAAAGUUCAAAGGCACAAAGGCCAUUUCCAACACCCCUCUCAAGACGCCGCCCGCUAGCGCAUUGUCUAAUAAGCGAAGUAGUCUUCAGGGUUCGAAGACAUCUCGCCUUGCUCCUUCAGUACCGUUCCAAAUGACAACGCGUCGCGGUGCAAAAGGCACGUCUAACCACACGAGCUCGGCUGGGCCAUCUAGCGCAAGCUCUGGCAGUCGUCGCAGUUCUCUGAAUGAGAUUGCGCAAAACGAGGAUGCAACUCCCGACCAUGAGGAUGCGCGACCAGCCAAGCGCAGCCGAACAUCGUCCGAUUCUGGUUCGCAGCAGAGAUCUAAUGGCUCUUACGACAACAACACACCCAUGAAUGGCACGCAAACUCCAGAGCCACAGAAGCCCUCAUCUGAUGCGACUUCAACGGCACCAAAAGCGGCUGGCAAGAAGAGACGCGCAUCAGACGACUCAACACAGUCCAGCAAAACACGUCCAAACGGAGUUCUAACCCGAAACCAAAGCGAUGUCUCCGAACAACAACCGCGCAAAAAGCGCAAAACAAAAGAAACAGCAGCAGACACCGCCGCCGACCAACCUCCUGAAUUAACAGAUGCUAGCACAGCACCCAAUUCACCUGAGCAGGUUCCAGAUGUUGACGGCCAUCAAAGCCUUCAGAACGUUCUGCCGACCAAUGGCGAUGCCCCUGCAAAGUCCGGCAGGCGUUUGCCCGGUCGUCGGCGCCAACCGCAUCCGGACAUCAAUGUGGAGACUGAUUUGCGUCGACAACUCAAUCUCAAGAUGAGUUACCGCAGUCUUGCAAAGGUUCAGAAGGUCUUGCUAGAAGAGUUGGCGAAUCGCACGACGAAGAAUCUUGAGGACGAUCCUCGAUACCACAAAAAAUGUCCCGAGUACGAUGCUGUUAUGGCCCAGCUGGACCAACGCCGCGACGCUCGUCUGGACCAAGUCAAUGCUAUGCGCACAUAUCGCCUCGAAGAAUUGGAACGAGUGCGCAUUGCUGAGGAGCAUAUCCAGCGCGAGCAGUAUGUCAACAGAUUUCGAGAGCUACAAGAUGACUUUAUGCUUCAAAUAUUCUACCGCGCCAAGCAACUCGAACGGGAGAUGAAGGGCCAGGAGGCCGACGCCACAGACGAUGAAGACAACAUUCUUCCGCCUACUUUCAGUGACGAACCUAUUCAUGCUGAUGAUUAUCGCAUCGGCUCGAAGUUUGCCUCACGUAGCAGAGCUUACGUUGAGGCAGACAAGGAGCUCAAGAACGAUUCCGUGCGGCGACAGUUCACCGCAGCACGUGUCGCUUUUGUCGAGAACGAUGAAGAGGCUGAUGAUUCUAUCGACGACGUUGCUGGUGGCUUUGCAAAGUUUGACGGACCAGAUCGCACAGAAGCGAUCGCACAUUAUAACAUCACCAGUCUCGCUGAUGCCGCCGUUGAAGUUGAAAGGACGCCAACACCACAACCAGAACCACCCAAGGCCGAAAUUAUUUCGAACGAGCAUGCCGCUCUGCUCAUGAUGCUUGCUGACGUAUCAGCACAUCAGCCGCGCACCACGGUCGUGCCAAAGCCUCAGUACCACUACCCAGACCCGCGCCAACAGCCGCCACCGCCUCCACGAGCGACAACGCCUAUCAUAAAACAGGAGCCUGCACGAGAAAAAUCCCCUGAGUUCGCACAGCCAGCGGUACCGUUGGGAUUGCCGUCUCAAGCUGCGCAUAGCAGUCCUCCUAAGAGCACCCAAGCUGCAGUAGAUCUGACUCAAAGUGGCCCUCUUUCUGAAGCUAGCGCCACGGCUUCGGCGAAAGAAACUGAAGUUCCGGCGAAAUCAACACCAAGGUUAUCAACACAUAGAAUCAUGGACAUCCUCAACGAUGAUCAGGAGGUCCCUGUCUCUAGGAACAGGGAGUCUCUGCCCCCAGCUCGAGAGCCGAGUACACCAUCAAUGCGAGAAGCUUCUACUCAUCGUCGGACACCAUCCAGGAGCGACGCGCUUAGGGUAGACGCUGUGAUGAACAAGGAAGAGCCGCCUAUAGAUCAGGCAUUGAUGGAUGCGUUGAGUGGCCCGCCUCAAAGCAACCCACCAUCUUCCCCACCAUCAAAUACUCAAUCUUGGCAACAACAACCUCCUCCGCCCCCAUCACAACAACAGCAACAAUCAAGUGUUCCACCACAGACACGCGAGCCCGAAGAGUCGUUGCGUCGUCGGGAUCCUUUACAAAAGAUUAGGGAACUUCUGGACAGGAAGGCACGCGAGCUUGGUCGAGAACCUCCCGAUCGUUCCCACUAUAGACAGGGGCCGCCUGCCUGGUAUAGAGCAACUACUCAAUCCUCAAAUACACAAGAACGAGCUGAAGUCGCGGCAUACGAUCCAACAAGGCCAUCAACGGGCCUGUACGAUGGUUUGUCAGGCAUGUUUGCAGCCCGUCGACAAUCCAACGAACAACCCCCCCAGCAAUGGGAACAUGAUAGACGGAUGAGUGGUCAUCAGGUGUCUCAACAGUCCGCAUCAUCGCCAUACCAAGGUCAUGCUUCACAGCCUCAUUAUGGGGAACAGAACAAGUCAGGCCGGACUCCACCGACACAUCAGAGCCCAUAUGCUCCACCCGCAGGAGCAUUGCCACUUCCGCCAAAGCCUCCUGGGCCAUUGCCAUCCGCACCUCCCAUCAACUACCGCUUCGCACAUUAUGAUCCUGCACCGCCUCGCCAGCCAUAUCCACCGCAAUCACCAAGCUACCCACCAACGUCGCACCCGCCUCAAGGGCCGCCGCCGCCACCGUACCCACAACCAUACGGCGGUGCACCGUCAUACCAAGGUGGCUACAUACCACCACCAGGAUCCUUUCAAGCACCUCCCCCUCCAUCAUCGAGCACAGGCUCAUACCAACCACUCAAGAUCCACCAGUACGGGGGUCAACCAAUACUUCCCGCAAAUAUGGCGCCUCCGCCACAAAGCGGGCCACCGCCUCUACCCUACAUCGGGCAGUCAGGACCACCACAACAGGGUCCUCCCCCUUCUCAACAACAAGCCUACUCCCCGACGCAUCCCCAUACUUUACCGAUGCACUACGAACAGCGUGAAGGGCAGCCUCAAAACAACGGUGAACGUUCGUCUGAUCCACAAUCAAGACCUAGGCGGCAGUAUAGGAGCUACCACGCCCCUGGAACACAGUUCAGGAGCUAUCAGGGGCCGGGAGAGCAACGGAGGAGGGGCAAUUAA